AGUAAAGCGGCCGGAUGGGACGCCUCCCCGGCACUCGGGGUUUGUCGGUCGUCGUGCUUGUGUGGUGUUUGGAGGGAAAGGCAAAUGACUUUCCGAUGGUGUUUGCGGCCUGCUGAGUAAGCUUCCAAGAUUUAUGGCCAUCAUGGAGCAAAAUAAAACUCAAGAAGCGCCUCCAGAAAGUGGGAGUAAACCUCCAUCAACAACCCCUGCUUACUUUGUUAUCCUACACCAGGCACAGGGUGAUGAAAAAGAAGAAAGGAUCCUUGUAGCCAAUCGGGAUGCAUCAGCAGUUGCGCCGGUUGUCCAGCGUGGACCUCACGAAUCCAAGUCUGCUACUUUUCUGUCAGCUGAUUGUACUUCUUUAGGAAUUACCGUGAGCCUGGAUAAUAACAACAUGUGGAAUGAAUUUUACCGGUGUAGCACAGAGAUGGUAUUAACAAAGCAAGGAAGAAGGAUGUUUCCUUAUUGUCGCUACUGGAUUUCGGGUAUGGAUCCUUACCAGAAGUACAUCCUUGCUAUGGACAUCACUCCAUUGGAUACUCACAAGUACAAGUGGAAUGGAAAGUGGUGGGAAUCUGGUGGAAAAGCAGAUCCACAUGUUCUAGGAAGGGCGUUCAUUCAUCCUGAGUCUCCAUCAACAGGGCAGUACUGGAUGCACCAACCGGUUUCUUUCUAUAAACUCAAGUUGACUAAUAAUGUUAUGGACCAAGAAGGUCACAUCAUCCUUCACUCUAUGCACCGCUACUUGCCAAGGUUACAUGUGAUACCCGCUGACAAGGCCACUGAAGUAAUCCAACUCAACGGACCUGAUGUUCAUACCUUCACCUUUCCACAGACGGAAUUUUUUGCAGUAACAGCAUAUCAGAAUCUUCAGAUUACCCAGCUAAAGAUUGACUGCAAUCCCUUUGCCAAAGGUUUUAGGGAAGGGACUGUGGUGGGGCGGCCUCUUAGAGAAGGCAGACCUAAGAAUUUGGCACAAGAAAAAGACUCACCGGGCAGCAAAAAGUUAGAAAAUGAUAACCAAGAAAGCACUGGAAGGCUAAAGGAUUCUUUUUCCAUGUCUGAACAGUCUGAUGCUGAAACUGAAAAUGAAUCUUUGAAUGCCAAGCAAGAAAUGCUCAGUCUUUCGAGUUCUCAGACCACAGUCCUAGAGAAAUUACUGCAAAAACUAAAUAAACUUGACAGUUUGGGUGACGCGCGUGUUGUGGCAACUCCAUCUGUACCUGCAGAGCUGCCUAAAAUUAAAAUCAAGGAAGAACCCGAGGACAACUAUGAUUACAAUAAGACUGAAUAUAACACAGGAGUACAAGUUAAACAAGAGCAUUCUGAUGAGGAAAUAACUGAUAACUUCUCAAACAGCGAUGAUGACUAUCCAAUUUUAGAGAGGCACUUUGCACAGUUUAGUACAAAGCUUCGCUCACAUCGGAAGCACUCUGUAAGACGUCCAUCUGGGGUGGCAAAAGCAAAAUUGCUGAAACUUGAUGAUGGGAAAAUGCCGACAGUGUACCUGGAGUCAUGUUCUACUAAGAAGACUGCUAAGAAAGUGUUGACAAAUAACACAAUGCGGAGCAUUAAACAAGAAGAGUUUAUUAAUGAUUCCCCAAGCAUUACUUCCUUUAAAACGGAAGAAUUCACUAGAACUGAUGACAAAAGACCUAUUAAAAGAAAAAUUUAUGCUGACUAUGCUGUCCCAGUCAAUGUGCGAUCCACCCGUGGACGCAAAAAGAAGCUCCCUUCCGUUCCAGCCAAGCCUAAAGCAACCGUAACCCCAGGAAGUGAGAGUGGUGCGGCACCUGUUCCGAAAAGAAGAGGGAGACCUCCUAAGAAUAAAGGUGCUAAAGUAGGACGCCCUCCAAAGAAGAAGCCGCCUAUAGAGACUCCACAGGUCCCAGAUUUCAAGCCAGACCUGGAGGAUGUGGAUGGAGUCCUAUUUGUUGCUUUUUCUUCAAAGGAAGCACUGGAAGUUCAUACAGUAGGAAAGCCUAAGGCUGAUAUACCAUUAGCUCCUCCAGACCCACCAGUGCAUGUUGAAUUGACAGAAGAGCAAAAAAAAAUUGUAAAUUUGGAGAGACAGCUCCUGGUUCAGCUUAAGGCAAUGCGACACAGACAGGUCAUUCACCCUGCCCUUCAGCAAGUGGGGUUAAGGCUAAACAUUGUAGACCAUUCAAUGAGCAUUGAUCUGAGGUAUCUAGGAGUUGAGCUUCCACUUCCUUUCAUCACAAGUGACUCCAGAUGGGAUAAUUGUGCUUUAAGCUCAGAAGGCCUUCCAUUUGUGUCUAGGACAGGAAAGACAACUGACUUUACAAAGAUUAAAGGUUGGCGUGAUAAAUUCUCUACAAAUCCAGGGGUGAAAAGUGAAGCUGGAAGCUCAGAGACAACUUUAAAGAAUCGCUCGGCGUUCUGCAGUGAUGAACUUGAUGAGUAUCUAGAGAAUGAAGCAAAGUUGAUAGAGGAUAUCCGAGGAACGUCUCAAAAUGAGACCUUUAUAUCCACAGUUAGCUUCCAAUUUCCCACCAAAAGUGCCAGUUAUGUCAGGACACUUGACAGCGUGUUGAAGAAGCAAGCUCUUCAAGCAUCAUCGAAUUCUAUAAAAAUGUCAAAGCCUCCUUCUCCCGAGCCAGUCAAAAAGCGCAAAUAUACACGCCGCGGCUCAACGUCAAAGAAGAAAUUAAAAACAAAGCCCACAUCACCUGCGCCAGUAGUAGAGAAACCGGUCAAGUCCCAUUCCCCAAAGAAACCAAAAAGUCCAAAUACAAUAAAACUUACUCCAUCACAGUGUGUGAAGAGUCCCACUACAUCUCAACCUGGAGAGACACCACCUUUGUCUGAACAUGAUGUGACAGUCCAGCCUAGUGUUCUGUCACCUGGGAAGGACAGUUCAGGAUCAGGAUUACACCAUACUCCCUUUCAGAGUCCACAGUUUACACACAGGUCUCCUGGACUUUCUAAAGUUCAAAUGAAACUUCUGGCACUUGAGGAGACUGCUAUAUGCCAAGGGAAGCCACGCACUUAUGUCACUGAGGAGCGUGCUGAGAUUGCCCUUUCUGCUCUUCUUACUAUGCAGGGUUUCUUAAAAAGCAAACCAUUACCCAAAACGAUCAGCAAGCAGACACUCCCAUGCAAUAAUGAAUUUUGCCGCCUUGGUUGUAUAUGUACAAGCUUGAAACGUGCCAAGAACAAACCUGCUCAUUGUCAGCAAGAAGCCUGUAUGUUUGGCUGUGACUGUGUAAAUAGCAAAUUGUGUUUUGAAAAAGAUGGACUAAGUAUUACAUCAACGAGCUUUAAACAGAAUGCUGGUGAGGAUAUGAAUUCCUCCACUGAAGAUAAGCAUGGUGCUACAACACAUGGUACACAACCAGCAAAGCACUCGGAUCAGACGGACAAGGACAGAAAAUCUCACGAAGAGAUAGAGAAACCUUGUAUAUCGGUGCAAGGAUUACCAGGAGGCGAGUCAAACAAUGAAGGCAUUCAAACACCUAGGAGAAAUUCAGGGGAUUCUGCUGGCAGCUGUUCCAAACGCAGGUCCCUAAAAGUUGUUCCCAUUUGGGAUAGAGGGGAUGUGGAAAACGAUUCAGAACCUGUUUCUGUUCUUGAAAAAGGUGAAGUAAUUGAAGGUAAAAUCCCAUUCCAAAGAAGACAAUCAGAGAGGGUCAAGUCCUCUGCAAGUAAAUCCUCUCAGCUCUACACUCCUAAACCUGCAUCAGACAAUGCCAUGGUGGUCAAUCACCAGGAGUGUGUUGAUGGCAAAGGGGGUUCAUUCAUUCGAUCUUGGAUGGGGCGUAACUUCAGCUUCCAGCGGUCUACAUUCCAGGAGUCAACAACUGGCAGACUGACUUUCUCAACAGACGUCUGGAUCCGGGAGAGUGGUCUCUUCAUCCGUAGGUGUUUCAACAACUUUGUAAGCGCUGGGGAACACACGAUAUGGAUCCUCUGGCUUCUCGUCAUAACAAGGUGUACAGAUUUGUGUCCAGAGCAAGGGAUUCAACAGCGGAUGCCUUGCAUCUUCAUGGGGUCAGCACACCCUCCUGUAGGCCUUUCCUCCACUGGCACUGAAGGAAUUCCAGUCAUUCUCAUUGCCUCGCAGGAAGUGGUUCUUCCUGACGAUUCGGAUCUUGAAGAUUUACAUCACCAUGAUAGUAUGACAUGUGCACGAGUAAGGGUCUACAAACCUAAGUCAACGCAAGAGAAGGCCAAAAAGGACCAUGGUGCUUGUGCUGAGACUCCUGGAAAGGAAAAUAGCCAUAAACCAAGCAAAUACAGAGAACGGGAAAAGGAAAACGCAGGAAACAGCGAGGUUUCUGAAAAAAGGCACAAGAAAACAGACAGCAGCAACCCCAACAAGCUAUUUAAUAUCAUCUCAGACUGCAGCUGGGAGCAGGAUCCUAAAAAGAUCCUGAAUAUUGUGUCACAGCAUGUUGAUAACAAGGAACCACAGUCCUUUCGAGUAGGCGGCUUUAAUAUUGAACUGACUUCAGAGAAUAAAGGUGGAGGUGCAUCCAAAUCAUCUGCCACUUCUCAUGUGAAGAUCACAAUGGCUCCAGACCAGAACACAGAUCAGGUCACGACAAAGCCAUCUCCUGUAAAGGAGAACAUGGAGAGCAUAAAACCCCCUGAGCAAAUACCCUCAGAGACCAGAGCUGAGAAAGAUGCAAAAUCUCAUGGAGGUAAAGGUCUUCCAUUCUACACCAAGGUCAUUCCAGCUGGAAAGUUGGUUGCUCAAUUAAAAAAUUCCACCCUCAACCAGUCGGAGCUCAUUCAGGUUAAUGGAAAAAAAUUCCCACAGGCAAAAUUGCUGUUGGGUCAGAUGGGAGCACUUCAUCCAGCAAAUCGAAUUGCAGCUUAUAUAACACACAGACUACGGCCUAGUCUGCUUUAUUUGUCUAAAGCUAAAAAAGACCGUGCCAAAUUAAAUGUUCAUAAUGCUGGUCAAGAAUCUUCUACAGCGAAUGAAAAUGUGGAAAUCGCUUCAGAUGAAGUGAAAACUGCAGUUGCUUUACCUCAGAGUGAGACGGUUUUACCAUCCACACCCAGUGGUGUCUGCACUGACUUUGUCAUGGGUGAAGGUGGAAGUCAGGAAAAGGAAAGUUCUGAAGUCCUAUCACCUGAACCCACAGCUGUGGAGUUGCCAAAGAUGCAUACCCAGCCUACUCCACCAGUACUUGUAUCUACUCCAGUAUCAUCAAGCACUGCAGUUACAGUUGUCUCAUCUUCUGUGAACAUGAUAUCAACCACUCCGGCAUUGUCAUCUGGUGAUGUUUCACCCACUAAAAACCAAGCUGCCUCUUUACCUACACCCCACAUAGAUGCAACUAAACUAGUAGAAAAAGACUCUUCCAUCCCUGUGACUGCAGCAUUAUCAAAUGACACCACCAACACGGUUAUUUUACCUUUGGGUCUUUCUCCUGAGUGUGUGUCUAUCCCACCACCAGCUUUAAUCAGAGCUCCUUGCCCUCCUGUGACUUCUUCAUGUGUCAGUCCGUCAGAUUCUCCAGGUACUAAUAAAAGUCUUGCUGCUUCAGUGGCAUCAAGUUUGGUCGCUUCAGCCAAUGUGCCAACCAUUGGACUGGUUAGCUCCCCAACCGGACGACCUACGGUGAUGUUAAGAACAGUUACCUCACCUUCUGUAUCAACACAAAGGAUUACCUUGACCUCAGGACUUGAUAAACGAUCAGGCACUCGACUUCUCCUCAUACCAGUGUCCAAUGGCUCUGCUCCUGUUCGCCCAGUACAGUGCGUGCAGACAAGUCCUGGCAAGAAAGUCGUCUUACAGCCUAUUAAGGGUCCUAAUGGAGUUAACUUAUUCAGGCACCCAAAUGGGCAGAUUAUCCAGCUUGUGCCAUUACAACAACUUGAAGCUGCUAACGGUCAACAAAGUCAGCGUAUUGUUAUCCGCAGCCCAGGUUCUGCAUUGAGUAUUCAACUACCUCUUAAAACCAAGACUGAUGCUGCAAUUCCUGCUUUAGCUACCCCUGGGUCAUUAUCUAUUCCUCCUGCCCCUGCUCUACAAACUGUCUCUCUUUCUAAGAUCAGCCCAGUUAAAUCUGGGGUUACAUCAGGAGGUCUACCAGUACUAACGUACUCAACGACUACUGCCCUGAGCUCCAGCCCACAGGAUUCUGCUGCUAAACCCAAAGUGAUAUUAAUGUCUGGUAAACCUGCAGUUAUGAUAGAUGCCAAUAAUUUGACAAAUUUUCCAUUUUUGAAAUCUGCAAUGAUUAUUUCAUCGAGUGAGGACAAUGUAGACCGUGAUAAUGGUAAGGAAUGCAAAGGAUUAUCCAACUUGGAAACCCAUAACACUGUGGAGAAGCGAAAUGGUCUUAAAGAAUCUGUUGCAUCUGCAGAGCAGGAGGUUUUCACUCCGUCCAUAGAAAAAAUUGGGGAAGUUGAAAAGAAAACGGCAAUCCCAUCCAGGGUAUUGGUUAAUCUAAACGAGUCUGAAAAAACAGAUAUUUCAAGUUGGACUUUGUUACAAGGUACUAAUAACCAGGAUUCAUCAAAUUCUUCACAGAAAAGCUGUGAUAUUUCCACAGAUAUUGAAGCUGGGCAUCCCUUACACACCACCACUGUGAAUCCUGCAGCUGAAAGUGACCAGAAUGAUGAAAAUCCAAUGGCUGACAGUGACCAGGAUCCUAAAAAUCCAACAGCUAAAAAUGACCUGUAUCUGAAAAAUGCUGAAAGUGCCCAAGAUGCUGAAAAUUCACUGGCCCAAAGUGGACAGCAUCUUGGAAAUUCAGUGACGGAAAGUGACCGGGAUCCUGAAAAUCCUGCAUCCGAAAUUGACAGGGAUGCUGAAAAUCAGGUCGCUGAAAGUGACCAGGAUCCUGAAAAUCCAGCUGCUAAAGGCAACUGUAUUUCUUUGGAACAAGACCGUGCACGCACUGAAGAAUCAGCAUGUAGUACUGCACAGGUACAGACAGUAACAGAUUCAGAGGGUAAACCACAAAGUCCACUGAAUAAAUCUGAGAAGAAGGAAGGAGAAAAAGGCAGGAGAGGUCAUCUUCUUCUCACUGAUUUUACAACAAUGAACAAGCAAGAUGAAAACCUUCCCUCGGAUCCUGGUUACACUAGUAGCACACGUGAAAGUGAACAAAAUUCUGAGGAUGAGGAUGAAAGUGAAGCUGAGGAGUCGGUGGACAUUGAAACAGUGGAAGAACUUUCUAAGAAUUACCUUGCUCAACUUAAAGCAAAGGCUACUACUAACACGUCACACAAUGACAAAUGCACUACUCUGGUAAACUCUUCAAAAAACCAGAAAAAAGGCUCUAAGGUGAACGGGGAUGAUAAUUUGCCAAUAGUUGUGGAAUCUGUUGUACAUCGUCGAAACCACACAGCAAACGAGCGAAAACGAAGAAAUGAGAUGAGGGAUCUGUUUGAGGAGCUGAAGAGAGCUCUCAGCCUUCACAACCUUCCAAAGGUUUCCAAGAGCUAUAUGCUUAAAAAGGCUAUAGAAGAAAUUGAGGGGUUGACAGAUGCAGCGGAGAGCCUCAUAAAAAAAAAGGCCUUGAUGUCUCAGAAACAGAGUCGGUUGAUCAAGAAAGUGUCAAAUCUCUCAGGAAAACCAAAGGAAGUUGUGCUGAAGAAACUGGAAUACUUAUACGCAAAGCAGAAUGCUUUAGAAGCAGAGAAUAAGAAAGACUUGGAGGAGGAUCAAGCUCUCAAAGCAUCUGUGAACAAACCUCCUCCACCCUUGAAACUGGAGAAUGAAGCUAAUGAAUCUUCAAGUAGCAAAUCUACAAAGCCAAUCAUACUUUCAAGAACGCCUGUACUGCUUUCUGCGGAGACCCAGGAGCCAGUUGUCGUAACUUCACCCAAUUUUCUAAUGGCAUCUCCAGGACUGGCAGCAGUGAAGGAAGUCAAGGUAGAAGAGGGUUCUGGAAUUUCACCAACACAUGUGCAGGCUGAUGUGAGGCCGGCACAGAUGCCAACAGAUGACCUGUCCAUGAUGCCUAAGAUUGUCAGCGUCACAUCCUUAGCCGAGGAAGCUUCUUCAGAUCUGGGCCAGGAAUUUGUCCAUACUCCAACGAUUAAGGAAGAAACAGAUACUGAGGUUCACAAUCUUCUAGCAAACACUGCUGUUUGUGAUCAGGCAGAACAUUUGCCAUCUACAUCCCAUGUGCUUGACACCACAGAAGAACAUUGUAGCAGUAUGAAUAUAACCCAAAGUUCUGUCUCCAGUCUUCCAGAGAAUCUCCCCCUGGCCAGCGUCAGCUUUGUUAAUGCUAAGGCAUCCUCAAAAAGUGGAAAGGGUACUAUGAAUGAUUUAUCUUUGGAUAAUGUUGCAGAGGAUGUCAGAGACUCUGAACUCGAGCUGGAACUCAGGAAGCUUUCGUCCGCUAUAGAUGAAGCAGAGUUGGAGCCAAGCGAGUUAUCAGAUGUCAUGGAGGAUCAUGAAGACUCGGAUGAAACUCUCACGUCUCUUUUGAAUGAGAUUGCUUUAUUGAAUCAACAGUUAAACAAUGACAACAGUGACUUGGGCUGCAACUUCCCAGGAACAGACACACCAUCCCAGGGAAGUGUUGACAAAUCUGCAGGUGGUGAUGCUUCCCCUUUCUUUUUUGGAAGAUUCAAGGAAUUGCCUGAACCGAAAGAAAAUAAUGUUUCACUCAGUCCUCUCUUUCUACAAUUAGAUGAGGCAGAGAUACAGGGAAGUGUUAAGCAUAUUGAAGAGCCAGGUAUUGCAUUUGAGGAUGUAGACGGUAAAGCAGCAUUGACUAAAGUGGAGGAUGAUCUUCUGCAGCCUCCUGCUAAUGUGGCUUUUCUUCAGGCUAUUGAUAAACCAGGAGUGGCCUCUAGCCCUAAUAUGUUUUGGAGGCCUAUGCCCAAAUUGGCACCUCUUGGACUAAAAUCAUCUAAUGUUCCGAGCGAUCAAAGGGUAUCGGGGAACAAAUCUAUGCCAUCUUUGGCUUCAGCUGCAAUCCGCUUAAGUUCACCAAAUCAUAUGGAUCAUCAUUAGGUCUGC